GUGGGUGUGGAGAAGUUGUUGAACCUCCUGGGAAUGUGAUGUCAGUGAAGCAGCCGCCGCUUCACAACGCUUGACCUCGAAUCCAUUAAGAAAAGACGAUGGAGCCGUGCAUGAUGAAGCCAGAGGUCAAAAAGAAACCGAAGCCGCCUAAACCUCCACCGAAGCCCAGUGAGGUUAAGAGAAGUGAGCCAGCGAACCCGACUCCUGUGGUUCCUCCUCGACCUUCAGACGCUGAACUGUCUCAGACACAAUUAAGAAUAAAAAGAACAGCAGCAACUAACAAUGAGGAUGAUGGAAAAAGAGCCGGAAAAGAGAAGUCGUCUGAAUCUCCUGUGGCUGCACCUCGACGCAGAGAAAAGGAACUGGACACAACAAGCAGCAGCCAACGCAGGAGGACACACACUGAGAACGUGCAGAGAGACAAUAACAAACCAGCAGCUGCUCCCAAAGAUGAAGCCGAUUUCAAACAGGUAGCACAGAACGAUCCUCCGGUCCUGACGGGAAUGUUCCGACGGAGCCAGAAAGAGAAAAUCUCCAAUUUCACUAGUUAUCUGGACGAUUGUGACGAGCAGGAAACAAGCGGUGGCGUCUCGGCCAAACAGGCUCCCGGAAGCAAACCGGGCGUUCUGAAGGGAGUAAUGAAAGGUUUGCAAUUCAAGUCGUCACCUAAGGUCAGCAGAGAUCAGAGUCCAGGUCCCGGCUCAGAGGACGGAACCGCAGAAAAAGAACAAACUUCAGAAAAAGAGAAACACAAGCCGGAGAAAAACACAGAAUCCAAACAGGAGAAAGGAAAUCUGCUCACUGGGAUGUUCCGCAAAACACCCAAAGAGAAAUUAUAUCCUUCCCUGUCGGUCAGUAAAACAGACAGUGAUUGUGAAGAGGCCGAGGGGGAGGAGAAGUCAUCUGAACAGCCUCAGGAGAAGGGAGGCCUCUUCUCAGGAAUCUUUAAAAAACCAGACAAACCAGCAGAUGAGACUCCUGCACAGGAGAAUCUGGGCACUCACAGCGACCUGUCGGCGAGCAGCGACAGUCUGUCUGAGAACCACAAGGAAAAAGGACGAAUCUUCAGCGGGAUGUUCAAGAAAAGUCAGAAACGAGCAGAAGAAGCUCAGACCGACGAGGAUCAACGUGACGAGGAGUCGGGCAGCAGCGAGGAUCUGUCUGAAGCCUCCAAGCAGGACAAAGGAGGGUUCUUCAGCGGGAUCCUCCGGAAGCCUCACAAGGUUCCUGCCGAGGGAACAUCUGGGCAGGAGAAUCUGUCGGCACAGAAACAUCUGUCAGCGAGCAGCGACAGCCUGUCGGAGGCGUCCGGCACAAAGGAGAAGGGGGGUGCGUUCAGUGGUUUAUUCAAGAAGUUGACCAAACCUGCAGAUGGAGCAUCCACAGAGAAACAGGACACUGAGGAGAGCGGCAGCAGUGAAGCUCCGUCUGAGAACAACACCAAGGAGAAGGGGGGUGCGUUCAGUGGAUUAUUCAAGAAGCCGCACAAACCUGCAGAUGGAGCGUCCACAGAGAAAGAGAAAGAUUCGCUGCAGCCUGAGCUGACCGGCAGCAGCGAGAGUCUGUCUGAGAACAGCAGCACUAAAGAGAAAGGAAACGAUUUCAGUGGAAUGUUCAAGAAAUCUCCCAAACUGUCCGAAGGGCCUCGACUGAAGGAGGCCGCGGAGCCGCUGCACGGGGAACUGUCCACCAGCAGCGACAGCCUGUCGGACAACAAGGAGAAAGGUGGUUUGUUCAGUGGACUCCUCAGGAAAACUCCCAAAGCACCCGCAGAGGAGAAUCUGUCGGCACAGAAACAUCUGUCUGAGAGCAGCGACAGCCUGUCGGAGGCGUCCGGCACAAAGGAGAAGGGGGGUGCGUUCGGGGGAUUAUUCAAGAAGUCGUCCAAACCUGCAGAUGGAGCGUCCACAGAGAAACAGGACACUGAGGCGAGCGGCAGCAGUGAAGCUCCGUCUGAGAACAACACCAAGGAAAAAGUUGGAAUAUUUGGUGGAAUAUUCAAAAAGCCGACCAAAGCUGCAGAAGCUGCUCAGUCUGAGGAGGACCGACCUCCUGACCGAGAGCUCUCAGGCAGCAGUGAGAGUCUAUCUGAGAACAAGCAGGAGAAAGGUUCUGGUCUGUUCGGCCAUCUCCUCAAGAAGACUCCCAAAGCCUCAAGAGAGAAGUCCGAGUCUCUGGAAAGAGAAGAGAGCGAGCUGUCGAGCAGCAGCGAGGACCUGACGGAGAAGAGCUCCUCCAAGGAGAAAAAUAUCUUCAGCAACAUGUUUAAGAAGCCGCAGAAACCAGCAGAGGGCGCUGCAGCAGAGACGGAGCAGGAGGGAAAAGGUGGAGAAGAGUUUUCUGGAAGCUGUGAGAAUCUGAAGGACCCGAGCGUCCAGAAGGAGAAGAAAGGAGGCCUCGGUGGAAUAUUCAAAAGAUCCUCGAGCAUCGACAACCUGUUCGAUGAGGAGAAAGGUGGACUUUUCAGCGGCCUCCUCAAGAAAACCCCUAAAACGCCUGGAGAGGAAGCAGAGGACAGAGACGAGCGGAAGGAGCUGACGGCGAGUAACGACAGUUUGACCGAGAACACGAACACCAAGGAGAAAAGUAUUUUCAGUGGGAUGUUUAAGAAAACUCAAAAAGCAGCAGAGGGAACCGCAGACGAGGACUCAAACUCAGGCGAAGAUAAGAACUUAUCAGCCAGCACUGAAAACCUGUUAGAAGCAAACACAGCCAAGGAGAAAAGUGGAGGACUUGCAGGGAUCUUCAAAAAAUCCCCCAAACCGGCUCAUCGCUCUGUGGCCGUCAAGGAUCCGCUCAGGGACUCAAAGGGCCUGUCCUCCAGCAGGGACAGUCUCACAGAUGCUGCCGAGGAGGAUCAGCGUGAGACGUCUGCCAGUACCGAGAACCUGACUGAAGCUUCAAGCAACACGAAGGAGACUAAAGGAGGAUUCUCUGGGAUGUUCAGGAGGACGCCGAAAAUUCUGGAGCCACAGGAGAGCGUGGACAUGGAGGCUCCACAGGGAGGAGGGCUGAGACGCAGGAGGACGAUCAAGAAGAAAAGACGAGUUGUGUCUUUCAGAAUCAAGAAAACUCUUCCGAAAAUGCCAAAGAUUUCUCAGAAUCUCUUCCUCUCUUCUCCGGCUCAGUCGUCAGAUAAGAUGCCCAUCAUCGGGGAGAUCGUGGAGAUGCAGGAGCUGAACUCAGAACAGGAGAGCACAGUGGAGGUCCAGCCUGCGGUGAUGGCAGCGUACCCGACAGAGGGCGACCUUCCUCAGCCCGAGCCGGAGAUCGAUGAACUGACAGAGUGGUGGAACACAGUGAAAGGUUGGGCCGAGUGGAGCGAGAUCUCUAACUUCCAGCCGGAGGAUGGAGAAAUGGCUUUGGAGCAGGCGGCCGAUCGUGUCUACAUGGCCGCUCGUCUCUUCGUGCGUCUCUUCAACAAGCGGGGGGGGUCCUUACAGGGACGUAUACUGGAGCUCCUGGGCCUGGCCGACGCCGCCGAUGAGUUCCACAGGAAGACGGUGUCGGCGGCGGUGGGCGGCGGCGUGGCCAGCGUCUGCGGCAGCAUAGCCACGAUCACGGGACUCAUUCUGGCUCCUUUCACAUUCGGCGCCUCCAUCAUCGUCACGGCGGUGGGGAUAGGCGUGGCGACGGCGGGCAGCAUCACCUCGGCCACGGCCAACAUCACAGACGCGGUUCACUCCAACACGGACAGAAAGAAGCUGGAGAAGAUGAUCAAGGACUACCAGGAGGAGAUCACAGACAUCAGGGAGUGCAUGGAGUUUGUGCAGGAAGGUAUGAACACCCUCGAGGAGUGGGACUUUGAACAAUAUUCUCAGAGUGCUGCCAAAAAGGCGAUGAACCACAACAUCAAGCAUGUGAUGAAGGAGGGCGGCCGCGCUGGGAAGGCCUUGAUGAUCAACACCGACAAGCUCAUCAGCACCGUGCAGAUUCUGGGCGCGGCAGGCGGCGCCGCCAAAGCCGCCCAGGCCAUCAGCGUCACCACGGGGGUCAUGUCGGCCCUCUUCCUCGCUCUGGACGUGUUCUUCCUCGCCAAGGACUCCCGCGAGCUCCACAAAGGCGCCAAAACCAAAUUCGCCACCAAGAUCAGGGAGGUUUGUAAAGACCUUCAGAGCGGCCUCCUGGAGCUGAACAAGGUGAAGACGCAGCUGCAGAAAACCAUGGAUGGCAUCGAGUUGGAGGAGUACGAGGAGGUCGAGGAGGUGGAGGUGGAGGUCGACGAAGAUUAUGAGUCGGAUCCGAAAAAGCUGGCCGAGCUGGAGCAGGAGCUGGACCUCAUGGAGGAGAAACUGGACAAGAAGGUCGAGGAGGAGAACAAAGAGCUGGAGAAGGAAACUCUGCAAAGCAAGAGGGAGGAGAAGAGCGUGAAGGGAAAAGAGGAUCCAGAGAUAAAAGACCAAAAGGAGAAGAAGGAGGAAACAGGGGAAGAUGACUCAAAGGAGGAGGGAAAGAAGGAAAGUGAGAUGGAAAAGGAUGAAGAAGAAGAAGAAAACAAUUCCGAGUCCAAAGUGGUGAAGCAACCUGAGAAGGAGAAAGAGAAGAAAAAUGAGAAAAUUGCCAAAGCAGCUAAAGAGGAAGUUUUAAAAGAAGAAUCUCAGAAAGGAAGAAAGAAAGACAAGGAAAUGGAAAACCGGAUAAAGGCUGAGAAAGGGAUUUAUGGGACCAAGCGAGAAAAGACAAAAGAAGAGAAUCUGAAAAAGGUGGAUGUGAAAGAACGGGAGGAAGCUGAGAAGAGACCGGACGAUUCAAAACGAGAGGACCGGAGAGGAAAGACGAGUUCAGAAAGAGUCCGGGCGGAGAGAGAGAGUCAGAGAAGUAAGAGCAGCAGAGAGGAGGAAAGAGGGAUGAGGCAAGAGGGGAAAUCAGCAGGCAAAGACAAGGAGGAGGAAAGUGGGAGCACGAGGAGGCACAGCAGCAGAAGCAAGCAGGAGGGAGAGAGACACAGUGAAUAUAAAACGAGAGAAAGUGAGAAGGAGAGAGGAAGCAGCAGCAGCAGCAGCAGGGACGUGGAGAGACUCUCCAGAAGAGAAAGUGACAGAACGGAGAGAUCGAGGAGGCCAGAGGAGGAGCGAGGGGUGAAAGACUGGAGGGCUGAGAUGAGCAGAGAGGAGAGGAGAGGAAGCAAAGAAGGGAGGGAGAGAGGGACGAAACAAGAGGAUCCCGGAAAAAGAGAGUCCCAGCGAAGCCACCAGUCCGACCAUCAGAGGAGUCACCACAGGAGAGAGCAGGAGGAGAAGAGAGGGAGCCGGGUGGAGAGCGCGAGGAGGCAGUUUGAGAGAGCGGGAGGCGAGGGGGGGCAGCAGCAGCAGCAGGACACUGAGGAGGAGGGGAGGAAGAGGAGAGAGGAUGGAGGGAGUCGGAGGAGGGACAGAGAGAAGAGGGGAAGUGAGAGAAUCAGAGAGGACGAACGAGCAUCCAGACCUGGAUCCGGAGCUCUGCUGGACGACGGACUCUAUAUUUAGUUUUAACGGACGAGGACAAAAAUCAACACUUUAUUUAUUGUGAACAACUCAAACGACAAAGACGACAAAAAACUCAACUUAACUUAAACUUGUUUCUUAAAAGAGGGAUUUAGAAACCUGAGGGAUUUCACCUGGAAGACACAGAUUUCACAGAUUUCUCAGCUACCUUACGAGAUUGAAAACUCCACCUCCUUGAUAAUGGAUUUCACUGGAGGAACUUUCUUUCUACUGCACAAAAACUGUUAUUGUAUAUUGUUGAUGUUUUGCUGAUGAGUUUUACUUUGCAUCAAAUGUGUGGAUGUAGAAAGAGAAGCUGCUGUUUACACAAUACUUUGUCCUGUAGUCGUGGAGGGAGCAGAAGAAGCAGGAAUCACGGUGUGGCCUUUUAAAGCUGCUGCUUUUAGAAUUUAGUUUAUAAUUAGACAGUCAGUAAAUAUUCUAAAGUCAGACAUUUUCAAAAAUCUUUUUAAAUAGUUCAACAUCGUCUUCCUCUUUUUGUUUUUUACUGCUGAACCUCGAGUUGCUUUGUAUAAAACACUUUUUUGCCAAAACAUCUCUUUCUGACAUGAAAUGGUGUAAAUUUACAGCGUUGGAGGCUCCUAGUGUUUUGUUUACUGCUCAUUAUGAUGAUUCACUAAUGUUUUGAGAUAAUAACACUUGUAAAAUGAAUGACGUGUGUCUCAGAUAUACAACACAACAUGUUCCCAGUGUUUCAGGGUCACACUUCGUCUGUUAACUUCCAUUUUUUGCCUUUUUUCCUACACACGUACUGUGUUUGUAUGGUGUCAUCUAGGGGACCAGUGUUUUUAUUAUUUGACUAUAAAAGUUAUUAUGAGUUCAAAUCUGUUGUUUCUCAGUGUUUCACUCCUGCUGCUUCCUGCAGGAGCUCAUCUGGACAACGGGUCUGGAUCCAGGUGCCGUGUCGCACUUUGUCUGUUUACACUACUGAGUUUUGAUAUUUUCACUGUGUGUAUUUUUUUAUGUGGGUACUGAACAUUACGGUGCUGGUUUCUUAUUGAAUAAAUAAAUUAUUAGUCAUUGAAACGUGA